CUCAUUCGCUUCUGAACCUUCGAGUCGAAACGAGUUCCUGAAAAACGACUGAAAAAACUUCAAGAUGUCGGCAGCUAGUCCGAAGAGAGCCAGGUCCCGCUCAAGAUCACGUUCCCGCUCUAGAUCAAGAUCAAAGAGCCCUAGACCAAAGGUCGCCAAAGUCAAGCGCGCUCGCAAGCCAACAAAGCCUGCAAGUCACCCGACAUAUCAAGAGAUGAUCGCCACUGCUAUCACUUCUCUGAAAGAACGUGGCGGUUCCUCCCGACAAGCCAUUGCCAAGUUCAUCAAGGCCAACUACCCUGCCGUCGGGGAUCCAGGAGCACACCUGAAAAUGGCGCUAAAGCGAGGAGUCGCAGCGGGAAGAUUGGUUCAGCCGAAAGGAAAAGGCGCGUCUGGCUCCUUCAAGCUUACAGCCGCGGCGAAGAAACCUGCGAAGAAAGCUGUCAAGCCCAAGAAAAAGGCAACUCCAAAGAAGAAGAAGCCAGCUGCGAAGCCAAAGAAGAAGGCCACGCCAAAGAAAAAGGCUGCAGCAAAGAAGACGAAAAAGGCAAAGUCUCCUAAGAAAGCCAAGUCUCCCAAGAAGGCAAAGAAACCGAAGAAGUCUCCAGCAAAGAAGGCCGCAAGAAAGCCCGCGAAAAAAUCCGCCAAGAAACCAGCAAAGAAGGCAGGCGCUAAAAAAGCCAAGAAAUAGACUCCUUAUAGUCUUCUGAAACUCCUAUAAACGGCUUCUAUAGAAGCCACCCACAUGAAAAAGAAGUAAUGAUCAUUUUGCAAAAAAAAAAAAAAAAAAGAAAAGUACAACUAGAAUAAAAAGAAUAAGAGUGUUUUCCAACAUGUAUCUAGAGAUUGUGGAGAUGAAAAUAACCUUCUAUCACAUUUUCUUUUUAGCAAGUCUGAAAACAAUCCAGUGCAAGUGAUCCACAAAAA